AUUUUUGGGUGUAAUGGCAUCCCAGAGUGAAGCUAUGGGUCCAUUCGUGCCGACCCUCGUUGGUGGAAACCGCCCUUUGUGCUUGAAUUCAUUAGAAAUUAAUAAUUCCCCGAUAAUUACAGUGCAAUCAAGUGGCCGCGCUUUAAUUUUCCACGCGAGUGUGGCGCCACCAGCGGCGUAAUCUCCCGUCAGUCGGUAAUGCCGUGUAGAACAAUGGUCUUUUAGUGCGUUUUUGGUGCCCCAUUUCGGCUUGCAGAGCACAGAGGCGUCGAGCGCGGGGCCCCCGAACCCCUCUUAGGGCGUUCCAGUGUUGGCGUGAUGGUAAUCGGGGUGUGCGUCAUCGGCGAAGAACAAUCGAAAGUGUUGACAAAGUGGUCGUUGUCGGAGUGUUUUCGUCAAUAAUUCACCAAUAAUUGGGGCUGAUUGUCGGCGGGGGUGCGUUUGUGCCUGUUGAAGGGUCAGGCAAGCCGGUCGGAGACCCUUGCGAAAAUGGCGCUCGAUUCAAACGUCAAUGUAAACAAACCGGUGUGAAAAUGGAGCCGAUUUUGCAAAGAUUCGGAGAUGUCACGAUACAGCGGCUCGAGAAGCCCAAAGUGGGGCCACCGACCGACGACAAGAGCAAGGACGAGGGCUCGAGCGGCCCGGAGGACGACGAGACCGUCAGUCUCAAAAGGUCGUUCCCGGAUUCGCGAAUUAAGAUAAAGAAGUUCAAGUUUGAUCCGAGUGCGGUCACUUUGGAGAAGAAGCACGUGGAGGAAGCGGCCAGUGAUGCAAAGAAGCCUAGUGACGAUGAGAAACUUAAUUUUAGUGAUAGCGAAAUUUCGGAUUUUGAUAGUGAGUCGGAGGUGGAAUCGGACAGUGAACUGCUCCCUAGUGAUAAAAACAGUACACCCAAAGUACCCUCCGAAGAUGAGUUAUCGACGACUUCUUUCCUCGAUAAACUAGUCGACGACGCCUCCGAGACGGAAGCAUCCAAACCCGAAAAUCCCCCAACUGACUCCGAAGAUUACGACUUCGAUAUCAAGGAGAAACUCAAGGAAAUGGGCGAAAUCAGCUUCCAGACGGUCAAAAAGGGUGAAGUCAAGCCCAAAAAAGUCGAAGUUUCGACCGAAAAUGAAGUUGUCGUGACACCAGCGCGAAAACCAGGUGCCUCCGAAGAUGACCUCUCCGCCGAACGUAAGGGCCUCAACCUCCGGCGCAACAUUCGCGAGGUCAUGGACGAGACAAAACUCGAUGAAUCGACUCUGGCCGCCCAACGCCAGGAGAUGGAACGUCUUCAGCGAGUCCAAGAGCAGCAGCGACUUCUGCGUGAAUUACAGCGACAAGCGGCACAGGAACGGAUGCAAAAUAAAGUCAUUUCGUUGCUUCAAGGGAACAAUUUAUCAAAGCCGGGCACUUCAAGCACGACUAGAAUCGGAAAUACGGUUCUGGUGAAACUACCCAAUGGACAAACUAAACCCAUGACGAGGUUACCGAAACGUCCGUUCGAUUUAGUGAGAGUACAAAAAAGUCCCACACCUGGUGCUGGUGCUAGUACACCUCCGAAAAGUCUGAUUUCGAUGAAAAGACCAGGCACGAAUCUAACUCCAAGUGUUAGUAUAGCACCGGUAACGAAGAAAUCUAUACCGCCUGUUACACAUGUUGAUAGUGAGAGCGAGGAGGACGUUAAGUCGCCUCCGAAGCUCAAAAGUGAGUUGCCGAAAGAACCAGUUACGACCAUCGACAUUUCAUCGGAUGAAGAUUGUAUUGUGGUGUCGGAACCAGAGGGCGAACAUGAAGACUCUGAAGAUGAUCCGAGCAAUUCGGGGAUGCACACAAACGAUGAAUUCAACCAACCCGACGAACAAGGACGUGUCGUGGCCAAUAUCGGACAUCCGGAAAACGAACCGGAUUUAUUUCUCGCCCCUCAAAUCGCAAGAAUUAUCAAACCGCAUCAAAUCGGCGGUGUUCGCUUUUUGUACGAUAACGUUAUCGAGAGUACGAGUCGUUUUGAGAGCUCAACCGGUUUUGGCUGCAUUCUCGCCCAUUCUAUGGGUUUGGGUAAAACGUUACAGGUGGUUUGUUUCUCGGACAUUUUCCUGAGGCAUACACCCGCCAAGACCAUUUUAUGUAUUAUGCCAAUAAAUACGCUUCAAAAUUGGAUGGCUGAGUUCAACAUGUGGUUACCGACGGAGGAAGCCGUUGCGACGAGUCCUUUAACGGUUCAUGGCGAAGUUAGACCGAGAAAAUUCAAUCUCCACGUUUUGAAUGAUAGUCACAAGACGUUGGCGGCGAGGCAUAAAGUUAUUAAAGCCUGGAAGGCUGGCGGCGGAGUACUUCUGAUUGGUUACGAGCAAUUUCGGUUGUUAUCAUUGCGGAAACACCCGAAGUCGAGACGGAAACCACUCGUUGCGGAACCGGCCGACGAUGAUAGCAAUAAACCGUUAUUCGAUGAAAUUCAUGAAGCAUUGGUUAAGCCAGGCCCGGAUUUGGUGAUUUGUGACGAAGGUCAUCGAAUAAAAAAUUCACACGCGUCCAUAUCGCAAGCUUUGAAACAAAUGCGGACGAAAAGACGCGUCGUUUUGACCGGUUAUCCCCUCCAGAAUAAUCUAAUGGAAUAUUGGUGCAUGGUUGACUUUGUCAGACCGAAUUAUUUAGGUUCAAAAACCGAGUUUUGUAACAUGUUCGAACGCCCGAUUAUGAACGGACAGUGUAUAGAUUCGACCGAAGCCGAUAUUAAACUAAUGAGAUAUCGGGCGCACGUCCUGCAUUCACUUUUAGUCGGUUUUGUCCAAAGAAGGUCACAUGCAGUGCUUCAGACAACGUUACCACAAAAAGAAGAGUACGUUUUGCUGGUCCGAAUGUUACCAUUCCAACGCAAGUUAUACGAGACGUUUAUGGAUGAAGUAGUGAGAUCUCAGGCCGUUCCCAACCCGUUAAAAGCGUUCGCCGUUUGUUGUAAAAUUUGGAAUCAUCCGGACGUGCUUUACAACUUUUUGAAGAAGCGAGCAAGAGGUGACGCUGUCGAUAUCGACUUGGAGGAGGUGGCGAGUACGACAGGAGUUGCGAAUAAAGCGAAGAAAGCACCACCGAGACCGAGGAAAAGUGCAGCGAAGGGAAAACCCGGGGCGAAGCCCGCAGCGUCCGUUACGCCCUACAAUGCGACUGAAAAUCCCACACAACAAACGACCAAUGAUCAGAAUUUCCAAAGAAAUAAUUUUUUCGAACAGGGUAAUUCGCAACAGUUUCAAAAUUCGAACAGUUUUGAAGGCAGUUCGAACACUAGUGGUUACAAUAGUUUUGGCCAAGAACCGUCGAGCAAUUUUAUGAAUUCGCAAAAUAGUUUUGUUAAUAACAUAUCAGACAAUUCGCAGUUUGGUCCGAAUUAUAAUAGGAAUGACACAAACCAGAAUUUUAAUUACGACCAAAGUUCGUAUCAAAACUACCCACAAAAUAAUUACUGGGGACAGAAUGACAAUUACACACAGUAUAAUACGAAUUUUAGUAAUAGUAAUAACACGAGUCAGUCGUGGCUUCGGAAAGAUGAAAAAGCGAUUAGUGAAAAUAGUAACGAAUCAAAACCGAAGAUUAAUAUAAUAAGCGACAUUAAAUUACCAUCGGUUUUUAAUAGUCCAGAGAAGAAGAUAAAAAUUUUGAGUGAUAUUAAAAUUGAGCCCAAAGUCGAGGAUUUGGAUGACAAAUCUGAAAUUAAACCAGAAAUUAAGAAAAUGAUCAAAGAUGAAUUGAAAAAUGAGUUAAACAAUACCGAAGAAAAUCCGACCGAAACGGCAGUCGCACCGAGAUUAGCACCUAAAGAUUUGAAAGAAGAUAGUGGAAUUCCAUACGAUUGGGCGAUUGAGCUGCUGAAGGAUUACGUUCCUGGCCGUAUCGAAAAUUCGGCAAAAAUGGAAAUACUUUUUUGCAUAAUUCGAGAAAGUAUAGCAUUGGGUGAUAGACUACUAGUUUUUAGUCAAUCGUUGAUAACUUUGGAUCUAAUUGAGCAGUUCCUUCAAAUGAACGUUGUUCCUGGUGAUACACAAAAGUGGUGCCGAAAUACUAAUUACUACCGUCUCGAUGGUUCGACGAGUGCGCUGGAACGCGAGAAACUCAUAAACGAAUUCAACUCAAACCCGAAGAUCCACGUAUUUUUAGUAUCAACUCGGGCCGGUUCUUUGGGAAUCAACCUGAUUGGUGCGAAUCGUGUGGUGGUUUUAGACGCCUCGUGGAAUCCCUGUCAUGACACUCAAGCCGUCUGUAGAGUGUAUAGGUAUGGUCAACGCAAACCGUGUUUUGUUUAUCGUCUCGUGGUCGAUAACUGUCUCGAGAAGAAAAUCUACGACAGACAGAUCAACAAACAAGGGAUGUCAGACCGUGUCGUUGACGAAUGUAAUCCUGACGCUCACUUAACAAUGAAAGACGUCAGCACGUUGUGUUGGGACGACAAAAAGGACGAAGGAGAAGAGAAAGAAUGGUUGCACGUCAAAGACAAUUACAUUGAUGUUGUUUUGCAAAAAGUUAUCGAAAAUCACGGAAGGAGAUUGAAUAAGGAGCCGUUCCAGCACGAGUCAUUGUUGGUUGACCGGAAAGAAAAACAAUUGUCACAGCAGGAGAAGCGUUUGGCGAAGAAAGGGUAUGAGAGGGAGAAACAAGCAGCAAGACAACCGGCUUAUAACUUCUUAGCUGGAGGUCGAGGUCAUAGACCAGUGGCGUCCGUGAGGCCGAUGCAACAAGGAAUCGACAGACCGUCGCGAUGGAUCCCAGCAGAACAUUGGCAGAGACAAGGAAUGACAGCGCAAGAGAUGACACUUCCUUUGGACGUUGUAAUUCCGACAAAUCAACCGGAAAAAGGAAAUAUCGUGCUUAAAGCCGGCCAAAAAGUAUUAGUUUUGAAAUCGCCGAAAGGUGUUUACAUGCAGCUAGAAAACGGGAAAAUAGUCGCCAUUAAAACAGCCAUCAAAGUUAAAGGCAAAGCUGAGGAUAAUAACGAUCCGACAAAAAGUAUCAAACCCUCAGCGCCCAUACCUCGAAUUUCAGUGAUGCCACAAAAACGAGUCGUCAAACCCUUUACUCCAGGUAUAGCGAAAAUGAACGUUAGGAGUAUAAGACAGUCAGUUCCUAAUCUCGUAUCGAGAAUACAAAGUUUCACGAAGAAAGAGCCCGGCUUUCGUAACAGAACAGCCCUCGGACGUGGUGAGCCAGACCGGAGACAACCACCACGUCCGAAAGAAAUUGAACCGUUCCCGGGAAGUAGCAGUGACGAGGAACAUGUACAAAGCGAAAUCGGGAAACAACGACCCGUUUCCGACGAUAUCCAAAAAAGAAUAUCGUUGCUGAAGAAACAGGUGUCGAUUAAAAGACUGACUCAACCCCAAACGCCCGACCAAAAACACGCCUCGGCUUUGCAGCGUCUCGAACAAACGACCACCGCCGUACUGAACGACAACACCCCGUUCCAGGAAACGCUCGACAGCAUAACCAGCUCCUACAAGGACGAUAAUCUCGAAGACGACGCGUCCUCUGACCCGAAACCCAGCGACACGAGUGACCAUAGCGAUGAGGUGACGUACGUUUCGGAACAACCCCCGCCCCAGCCCUACCAGCAGCCCCCCAAUGCCCAGGAAGUGAAAACCGAGGCACCGCCCGAGUAUUACAAUAAUUACUACAAUUACAACAUGCAGCCGUAUCAUGCGCCGCCUCCGCCGCCGCCCCAGGGCUACGGGUACCCGGCGCAGCCGCCGCCCUACGACAUGAUGGGUUACCCGCCGCAGCCCCAGCAGCCGCAAUACAACUACGGUUACCAGGGAUAUCCGCCGCCGCAGCCGCACUAUCCGCCGCCGCCCCCACAGCCCGGAGCGUACGAUUAUAACGCGCCGCAGCCGCAACCGGUCUAUGGUGGUUAUAACCCGUAUCCGCAGCAGUAUCCGCCGCCGCCGCCCCCACAAGGUAUGUAUCCACCGCCACCAACGCCAGCCAAUAAUCAAGGCUACCAGGAUUAUCAGUACCAACAAAUGAAUAAUACGACCAAUGCGGCACCGUAUUACCCGAACACUUAAUUGAGUAAAAAGUGAUUUAUUUUUUCCUGACUGUAGUGCAAUUAUUAUUGUUGAGAGUAUGUAAUAACAUGGAUUCAUUUUAUCUCUUUUUUCGCUGUCUCUCUGAACGUAUACCACAGGUGUUGCAUGGUAGGAAUUUUCGCGUUACGUUGAUAGAUGGUAGAUCUGUGUUAAACGGAAUAUGUUAGAGAAAAAAACAAAAGGUUUUUUGCUUCAUAGUAUUAUUCUCCAUGAUGAUGUUGAUAAAUGUAUUUAUCUUGUAAGAAGGUAUUUUCAAAUGCGAACUGAUAUUUUAUAUUGUUUUUUGAAUCUUGAUUACUGUUUUCUCUCGCAUUUAUUAUGUAAGAGUACCGUUUUACAUUUUUUCAUUAAGUUAGCGUUAUUUUUAAGUAAAUUAUAUUAUUUACUGCAAA